CAACUUUGAAAAAUACGCCCGUCUUCCAAUUUGAACCGAAGGGCUACCGUAACAGCCCAAGGACCACAGAUACAAGCAACACCUCGCUGACCUGCUCACCAUGGCCAUGUCUAUGGACAUCGACGGCUCGGUGCCGCUGCCCGCACAGCGCGAAAUGACUUCUCCGACAGUACUAUGUUACAACUGCGGUGCUGCGAUCGAUGGCACACAGGCCGCGGGUGCCAUCUGUACCGACUGUCUCAAACUGACCAUGGAUGUUACGCAAGGAAUCGAACGAGACGGCAUCCUACUCAUGUGCAGAGAUUGCGACAGAUGGCUCUCGCCGCCAACGUCCUGGGUUGUCGCCGCUCCCGAAUCGAGAGAACUCCUCGCGCUUUGUCUACGAAAACUCAGAGGACUUCACAAGACACGGAUAAUAGACGCCUCGUUCAUCUGGACCGAGCCGCAUUCGAGACGAAUCAAAGUCAAGAUCACAGUACAACAAGAGGCGAUGCAAGGUGCGAUAUUACAGCAAACUUUCGACGUCGAGUUUGUCCAGCAAUACAAGCAGUGCCCCGACUGCCAGAAGUCAUUCACACAUAACACAUGGAGCUCGGUCGUGCAAGUGCGACAAAAGGUCCCUCACAAGAGGACUUUCCUCUACCUCGAACAGCUCAUCCUCAAACAAGGUGCUCACAAGGACACGAUCAACAUCAAAGAGGUGCACAAUGGUAUUGAUUUCUACUUUGCGGCGAAAAACCAGGCGGAGAAGUUUUGCGAUUUCCUCAACUCCGUCACACCAGUGCGGACGAAGAAGGCGCAGGAGCUGAUUUCCAUGGACACCCACACCUCUGUCAGGUCGUAUAAGUUCACAUUCUCAUGUGAGCUCGUGCCGAUCUGCAAGGACGAUCUGGUUGCGCUGCCGCCGAAGCUGGCGAAGGCGAUUGGAAACAUCUCUCCGCUCGUUCUUUGUCAUCGCAUCGGAACGGCGGUGAAUGUCAUCGAUCCGAAUACCCUCCAGACUGCCGACCUCAGCACGCCGAUCUACUGGAGAACACCCUUUGCACCCCUCGCAGACGUCCAGCAGCUCAUCGAAUUCGUUGUCAUGGAUAUCGAGCCCAUCGGCCCUGCAAAAGGUCGCUUCCUCCUGGCGGAAGCCACUGUCUGCAGGUCGUCAGAUCUUGGUGUAAACGACACAACAUACCUCAUUCGCACACAUUUGGGAGGAAUUCUUCACGCUGGAGAUACCGCCAUGGGAUACCUCCUUUCUGGAACACAAUUCAAUAACCCCAACUACGAGGCGCUUGAGGAGUCAAAGCAGUAUUCCGGCACAAUCCCAGAUGUGAUACUGGUGAAGAAGCACUACGAGCGCCGCAAGAAGAAGAGCGCCAAUACACGCAACUGGAAGCUGAAGCGCAUGGCGCGUGAGGAGGGUGAUAUGAAGCCGAGGAAGCAAGAUCAGGACCGUGAUGAGAUUGACUACGAGCAGUUCUUGCAGGAUCUCGAGGCUGAUCCUGAGUUGAGAGCUGGCAUGAACAUGUACAAGCAACAACGGGAGCUUGAUGCUAUCAGUGAGAUGGAGACGGACGAUGGAGAGGAUGAUGGUUUGGAGAUUCCGAUGGACCAGCUGAUUGAUGAGAUGGAGGAUAUGGGCAUGGAGGAGGAUAGUGAUGAUGAAUAA